CAAAAUUCGUCGUCGUGCCGCGGAAGCACAUCUAAAUCUUGAUAGCGCCCCAAAAGUGCUUGAAUAGCGCUAGAUUAAAAAUCUUGGUCCCAUCUGAGCAGCUGGGGAGAGGAGCCAGAGAGGAUAGGACAUCAUAAUGGCGUGUACAUCUAUGUCGUCCGGUUCUUGCGGUCUUGCCCCUCUCUUGGGUCUCUACGGGAAGAACAAACGUCUCAGCACUGCAGGCCAGGUGCCCCCUCUCUUCUCCUCCGUCUUCAACUUCUUGUUUCCACCACUUGCAGGAUCUGGGCGCUGAGCUCUACCUCUGUGUUCUACUUUUGCCAAGUUUGAACUGCGGCCGUUAAUCGACCGUGCCUUCUUUUUCCCUUCGUGUUCAUUCGCUGUCAAAAAAGCAGUGCUUCUUUUGUUGCAGUUCUUUAUCUCGAGAAGGUUCGGAGGACACUUCUUGAACUCCCUACUGGAAGAGGUGGCGCGAGAUGAGUAAUACUUGCGAGUGCUGCAAGAAAUGUGGGAAGGCCAAGCGUUUCGUCAGGCGGAUGGACAAAAAUUCAAGGCAUAGCAUGGUCAUACCAGAGAGGUUUGUGAACCAUUUCACAAGGAGGAUGCCAGGAAAUAUCAAACUGGAAGCCCCUGAUGGUAAUGUGUAUGAUGUUGGAGUUACCAAGCACAGGAAUAGAACAAUCUUCCAAUCUGGAUGGGAGACGUUUCUUGAUGCCAAUAACAUAGUACAUAACAACUCGUUGAUGUUCCGAUACCUUGGGGGUUCUUACUUCAAGGUUGCACUCUUUGAUUCUAGUGGUUGCGAGAAAGUGGUGCCCUGUCCUCGCAUAAAGAGCAUUGGUCAAGAACCAAUCACAAGUUCUGUAGGCAUGUCAAGCAGUUCCAGCUACCAUAAUACUCAGUUGUCAGUAAGUCGAUCAGAUGGAUGCCAUAGUGGAAGACGAGGCAAUGGUGCAAAACGAGCAAAGACAUAUGCAGCAUCCUCUCCAUCUGAGGAUUUGUCAGGAGAAGAUAAUCCUUAUGAGCAUGACUCAUCCGAGUCGGAUGAUCACAUAGUCCCAAAGCCUCUUUAUAUCUUAUCAGUGCAAUGCUAUUUAACAGAAGAGCAGGUGGCACGAAUAGUUACACUUGUCGACGAAAUUCAACCUGACAUGCCUCUGCUUGUUACUUUGAUUAGGAAGCCCAACGUGAAACCAUAUCCUGACCUGGUUAUUCCUAAGGAUUAUGCAACCGCAUACUUUCCACACAGAAGCCAAAUCAUCACAUUCCAAUUGGCUGGGCAGACAAAGACGUGGCACUGCAAAUUCCGUGCCAGACCAGAUGGAGGUCGGUGCAAUCUUUAUGGGUGUUAUUUUGUCCGAGACAACCAUUUACUGCAGGGAGAUCUCUGCCUCUUUCAACCAAUGACGAAUGACGAGGGAACAACAUUCACAGUGAUGACCCAUGUGCUUCCGAAAGCGAGUAUUGAUCACCCCUCAGAUAUAAUUCCUAGUUCUGCAAGCACAAAGAUGACCUCACAAGUGUGUGUUAAGGAGGAGCAGUCUGACGCGAGCAGAAGACCAGUUGGAUGCGAAAGUGGAAGCUCAAGCCAUAGUAGAAAUACUACAAACAAGACUGUGAUAUCCUCUCCAUCUGAGGAAUCAGGAGAAGAUAAUCCUUCAGGAUGCAAUUUUUUUGAUUCAGAUGAUGUUUGCACACCUCCAGGGCAUGAUUAUGUGUUGUCGCGUUGGAGUUAUUUAGCUGAAGCACAAAAGGAGAAAGUGGUUAUGCUUAUCCGGAAAGUUCAACCCAGAAGUCGUGUAUUCGUGGCUAUUAUGAGGAAGUCCAAUGUUCAACCAUUGUAUCCCUGUCUGAUCAUCUGCAAGGAAUAUGCAACUGUAUACUUUCCCCGUGAAAGUGCCUCUGUCACACUUCAGAGGCCAGGCAAGAGCAAGAAGUGGCACCCCAGAUUCUACAAGAGGAAGGAUGGAAGUAUGCACAAGAUUAGGGGCCAGUGGUCAGACUUUGUGUGUGACAACCGCGUGGAGGAGGGAGAUAUCUGCAUCUUCGUACCAGCGAAGGGUGGGAGAAGGUCCACAUUUACCGUUCAUCUACUUCGUGUGGAAAACGACAUGCAUGCAGGUCCUUCUGAUGAGCAGGAGAAACCCUACAUACUAUCACAAACGAGCAGUCUAUCACCAUUGCAACAGAGCUUAGUUGAAGAUAAAACGCAAGCCAUCCAAUCGGAAGCACCCCUAUAUGUGGCAAUCAUGAACAACACAAGUGUUGGUGUCAAUCAGCGUUACACCAUGGAAUUUGGUGCACAAUUUGCUGCUGUAUAUUUGCCAAAGGGAGGGCAAACUAUGUUGCUCCAGCAUACGGGGAAGAUAUGGCACACUAAGAUGCGUGUUCGGCACGGCACGAGGUGGGUUCUUGGUGAAGGUUGGCGCAAAUUCGUCAUUGACAACCGUCUGCAAGUCGGAGAUAUCUGUCUGUUCGAACUAAAGAAGAACCGGAGGAAACUUACAAUGGUGGUCCAUAUCAUUUUCAGUCAUCAGUGUUAGGUUGCAGUAAAGGAGAAUAGUGUCCCCUGAUAUUUCUGCUGGAACUAUGUUUGGUACUUUAAAACUAAACCAUGGAUACUUUUUGCACGCCUUAAAUUCUGAAUUUCUAGAAGUAUAGUAAUUCCUGUUCAGGUGAUGACUUUCUGCUUCAGACCCUUUUGAAGUGUGCUUCUCAGCGAAGGAUUCUUUUGUAGUUGUACUCCAUGUUUGUUGCAUUAAGAAUUGUGGAACAGCAGGUUCAGGAGAGCCGUUUCUCAUUUCUCCAUUGGAAAGGGAAAAACAUGCAUUGGUAGACG